CGCACCAUGCUCAGCGGGCGCUAGUGACGGCCGCGGCAAGGGGUCCUGCCAAGUCUCCGCGCUGCGUGUACCUGUAAUUUGAGAUUUGUCCCUAAUCGGGCGACACAUGUCACUUUGGCGGCUCCGAGACACUUGGUCGCUGCUUCCUCUCGUUGACCUGCUGCGCCAGACAUGAAGCCGUAGGCCCGUCCACGCCCCGCCGACUCUCCACCGACUCCAACUGCGCCGCUCGUUCCCCCCGACCGCUCACACCUGGCCUCCUGGCCCCACGCUCCACGAUGCACUUCGCCAUGCCUCCGCGCAAGACGUCGAGGCCGCCGCCAUACGCUGCGCGCAACAACCCAUCCACAUCGUUUGCGCCGCCGGCGCUGCGCAAUCUGCUGCGGAGCAAGCCGCGCGCAAUUGCCGGCGCCGUGCUGGGCUUCGUCACGCUGCUGUGGCUGGUGGGCGCGAUAGGCGGGCGCUCGCGCUCGGCGCCGCUGGCCAACAUCCCCAAGGUGGCCGUGGGGAGCGGCGCGCCCGUCGUCAUUGUCACGGUGCUGGACCCCCAGGCCGACGCGGCGUGGGUGCAGCGCAUCAAGACCAACCGCGAGGAUUACGCCCGGCGGCACGGCUACCUGACGCACUUCCCCGCGCCCUCGCAGUACCCGCUGAACAACGCGCCGCCGAGCUGGGCCCGCGUGCCCGCCGUCCGCCACGCCAUGACGCUGCACCCCGGCGCGACCUUCUUCUGGUACCUCGACGCGACGGCGCUGAUCAUGUCGCCCGAGAUCAGCCUCGAGGCCCACCUGCUGCGGCCGGCCGUCAUCGAGAAGCACAUGAUCACCAACGCGCCCGUCGUGCCGCCCGACAGCGUCAUCCGCACCUUUAGCAACCUCAAGGGCGACCGCAUCGACUUCGUCAUUGCCCAGGACAAGGACGGGCUGGCGCCCAGCUCCUUCAUUGUGCGCAACGGCGAGUGGGCCAAGUUCUUCCUCGACGCCUGGUUCGACCCCAUCUACCGCAGCUACAACUUCCAGAAGGCCGAGAGCCACGCCUUGGAGCACAUCGUGCAGUGGCACGGCACCAUUCUGGCCAAGCUCGCCAUGGUCCCGCAGUCGCUGCUCAACGCAUACGUCUCGGGCCCGCACGCCGACAAGGGCAUGUACGCCGAGGGCGCCCUGGUGGCCACGUUCCCCGGCUGCGACAAGAACGGCCACGACUGCGCCAAGGAGCAGCAGCCGUUCUUCGAGGUCCUGGAGCGUAAGAAGCAAGGCUACAACUGAGGGAGGAGACCAUGCAUUUUCGGCUCCGCGGAAGAGAGCCGUGUGAAAGUUGGAUUGUUAUUUACAUACUGAGACACGGCGUUUGGCGUCAGGAAACACCCGCGAGGUGCGUUGGCAGAAUUGGAUGGACGCAGUACAGUAGACAUAUGAUUGAUC